AUGUCCAGAGCACAGACUGCAGCAGUUGUCCUACUGAUUAUCUUCAGCCAUUCUCUAGAAGGUGACAUGGCUCCUACCCCAGAAGAGGACAUCAUCACCAAGAUCCAAAGGCAAGCGGAGUACUUGCAAACCAAUGCUACAUUGCUCCUCAACACCUAUCUGCAGUUCCAGGGCAGUCCAUUCAGUAACCCUGGGUUCAGCUUUCCUUCAUGGCAGGAGCCAGGGUUGCCAACUGCCAGCCUUGGCUACAAGAAAUGGAGGUGCCUUUGUCAUGGAAUUCGGCUCUUACUGGCCAGAGAAGCUUUUUCUGCCAUCGCUGAGUUCUUUCAGAUGGUUCUUGAUGAUCAACUGGCAUUGAACCCCAGGGCAUCAGAACUUCUCCGUCUAUUUGAAGAGGCCAGAAUUUCUUCAGGAGCUGUGAUCAGUAACUUGGCAUCUGCCAUGGAAACGUUGAACUUUCAGUCUUCAUCAGUGGAGCCAGAUCCCUGGAGCUGGAGAUCUACAGGGGCCACAAGUUUCCAGAAGAAAGUGCGAGGCUAUGUACUUUGCAGGGAAUACAAGGACUGGCUAAUCAGAUUAGUCAAAGACAUGGAUAUAUUGAAAGGGGCACGUGUGAUGAUAGACAGCCCAGGCCAAGAGAAAAGAGACUGCUGUAGGCCAUGA